CAAACUCGGCACAACACCUGUACACCGGGCGUUCAGCGCAGGUCUGAAGGCUGAGGGAGUGAGGUUUGAGUGAGGUUUGAGGAAGUGAGCAACGUACACUUGCGCAGCCGCACAGACUGGCAUCCGUUACAUGUAUAUGCAAUGAAAACUAAUUCUCAAGUCACAAAGUGUUUCAAAAAGAUAGAACUAUUUAAUUCUAAUUGUUUGGGGUUACAUUUUUUUUAAUUUAAUCGAGUAUUUUAUCUUGGCGCAACUUUUAUUUUGAAGAUAAGACAAGGCGGAAGUAGCCGAUCUGGGUUUGUCACGCUGCAUCACGCUGGUGUCAGUGAAGCUCCUCUCACAAUACACAAAACUUAAUUAUUGGUAACAGUUCGUUGUCAUUGCUGCUUAUUUGUUGUAGUUACUUUGAACUGAAUUGUCGUCACUCGUCCCUUUGACGUGACGAAUGCCACCGGAAAUGUUUUUAUAUCGGUUGUUAGACUUAAGCUAACACGAGUUAACCGAGACGGUCUUAUUUCCGCCAAUGUGUUGAUGAAAAAAAAAUGGCUAUGACAACAACAGUAUUUGUGUUGUUCGCUAUGGUGUGCUGCUGCUGCUCGGUAAGUGGUACUCUGUCAAAAACUGACGCAAAAAGAUCAAACAAAGUGGAGACUCAGGCAUCCCCGGCACAAGUGUCAGUAUUGGAGAGAGGACUUGUGGUGUCAGAGGUCCACUGGAAGAACAUUGUGAAGGAGGAGAAGAGAUAUUGUUCUCACAUCAAGAGAACUUUCCCUGGAGCAGUUCUUGGCUAUGUUACACCUUGGAACUCUCACGGUUAUGAUGUUGCCAAGCUGUUUGGGCCCAAGCUAACCUCUGUGUCUCCAGUGUGGCUUCAGCUUCGCCGGCGAGGACCUGAGAUCUUUGAGGUGACGGGCCUCCACGACCAUGACCUAGGCUGGGUCAAAGCUGUCCGCAAGUCCAACAAAAAAGUCAAGAUGGUGCCGAGGCUGCUGUUUGAUGACUGGUCCUACCAGGACUACAUGAGCGUGCUGGCCAGUGAAGAUGAGAUUGAGGAGCUGGGAAGUGAACUGGUACAGGUUGGAAAGACUGAGGGAUUUGAUGGCUUCACAUUGGAGCUGUGGAGCCAGCUGGCGGGCAACAAGAGAAAGGAGCUAAUCCAUUUGGUGAAACACAUAUGUGAAACGUUGAAGGCCAAGAAAUUAGACUGCAUCCUCGUCAUUCCUCCUGCUGUGACAAGCAUUGGGCAGCCUGGUAUGUUUGGAAGAGAGGACUUUGAGCAGCUUGCUCCCGUCGUGGAUGGCUUUAGUCUCAUGACAUAUGACUACUCCAGUGGUGCCAGGCCAGGCCCAAGCGCCCCCCUGCCCUGGGUCAAAGACUGUGUCCUCCAGCUGGCACCCAACACAGAGUGGAGGUCAAAGAUCUUGCUUGGACUCAACUUGUACGGCCUGGACUUUGUUAAUCAGGGCACCGAGCCAAUCCUCGGGGGGAGGUUUAUAGACAUUUUACGGGAACACCGGCCAAAACUCCUCUGGGAUGAAUAUUCUGCCGAGCAUUACUUCACAUACAAGAGGAGCAAUGGGGUUAAGCAUGUGGUUUACUAUCCAUCGUUGAAGUCAGUGCACCUGAGGAUCUCUCUGGCUAAAGAACUGGGUACUGGUAUCUCCCUGUGGGAACUGGGACAAGGCCUGGACUACUUCUAUGACCUGCUAUGAGGACUUCAUCAGCACAUGGAUAUGUGUGAUCAUUUUGCACUACAAAGACAAGUGCUGUAUGGAUUUAUUUGGUUUUGAAGUGGCAUGAACUCUAAAAUGAGCCAUUAACAGGAUUUAAGUCAUGUUUGAUGUGCAGAGAAAUGACAUCCACAUUAUUGAAUCUGGCAAAGAAAGGUACUGUUUUUUUGUGGUUGACAAACACUUGUGUGGUUCAGUUUAAGUGCAGUACAAGUGCAUCUUUUGUUUUGCUCAAGAUGAAUGGAAUUGUAAAACAACUACAAGCUUACUUAGCACUGGAGAGCAGAAUUAAAUUGUUGACAGCGAGCCAGGUGGACUGCAUGUUCUGUCCAGUGAUUAGGUGUCUGUCAGUGACAACGUGCACGGCGUCGUCUUGGCUCGCUGGGAAAAAAAAGAGGGCUUUACUUUGACAAAUGCAAUUCUUGUUAAGGCAUUAGCUCAUCAUGCUCACCUGUGUACGAGCCGCCGCUGUCCUUCACAAAGUCUUCCACAAUUAAAGGCAGGUUUGCAAAGUCAGGCCUCCGCACCAGUUCAAACACUGACGGCUUCAACGACAGCACGUACAAAGACUUCAGGGAUAACAUUCGGGAUUUGGCAAGCUAAACAAAUUUGACUCGUCUUCAUCGGUAAUGAUUAGUUGACAACAAUAAAUCAAAUAUAUUUAUCCCACUAACACCAUGACCACUUACUUCACUGGUUGUUGCCUUGGGGUUGAAACGCUGUAUUGUGGCCUAAAUAGUCCUUUUGUAGCAUGCAGUAUUUUACAAGUUAUAAGCACGUUAUGGAGGAUCGCAGGAAGUAGUAGGAAAAUGCAACUAAUUUUACACAAAAUCUGCCUGUUAACUGAGAUUCCCUCCAAUUUCCAGAAUACAGUUACCAACUUCCCCAGUAGUCCCCUCAUGGUGUACGGUGAAGUAAAACAUACCCCAGUCAAACUGUAGCCAUUGAAGAUCCACCUGUGACCCUCUGUGGCACAACAGAGUGCAGACACUCCCUGUCCCACUGCACACACAGGCUCUGCACACAACACAAUCUGCAUACAUAUACUGUACACACAUAGAAGGUAGACACUUUCACAAGACUCUUCACUGACUUUGCUGGGAGAUGAAAUGUGACAGAAUGCGGUGCAAAGAACCGCUGUGUGCCAGGUCAUUGGCCGCUCCCGGGCAGUCGGGGAUGAGCAGAGCCUGGUAGCGGGCACCUGGACAAGGUCAUGGUGACACAGCUGAGCAACACAUUGACAUGGCAGGCAAGGAAAGUAAACAGACUGUGAAGGCGUCUCACCAUCGAUAGAUUCAAGUUUGGCAGGAGUGGCGUAGGGUUUUAUGUUGAAGUCCUGCACCCAUCUAGAUGUGCUCUCAUCAACUUCAAAAAAGUCUAUAGGCUUCCCCUGUCAAUAGACGCAAAAUCAGCUUUGUGUGAUGUGUUGUUUUUUUUUAAGAGAAGAAAAAUACAACCACAAUAAAUAAUUUAAAAAAAUGAAAUAACUUAAACUUCAAUGAAAAAAAACAUGUCCAUAUAUACAGUACAUACCAAAAAGGUAUAAAAACAACAAAGUAAAAAAAUAUGCAUACAAAAGUAGAUUUUUCCCCUUGAACAGAUUAAUUUCAGAUUUUGUGUCAACGUUUUGGACAUGGAAAACCUAUUUUAACGGGUGUGCUCACUUCUAAAGCCACAUAAUGCACAGUAUAUUAACUUUUUUUCCACUGUGAAGGGGAAAUAAUUGUAGGCACAUUUUCUGUUUUAUUUCUUAAAUACGUUGUAUAUACAGUACCCGUUUUCCACUUAUUUUGUUGCAUUGUAAGAAGAGUCUUACCGCAGGCGUGGCUGUUUGGAGGUUAAAAACGGAGGAGCAAAGACUGAAGCACUGAUGGAAAGACUUUGCCGACACCCCUACAUUGAACAAAACGCGUUAGAAUCAUUUCCAUACAUGAUUAAACCCAAACAGAAUGCUUUUCUUGUCAAACGUUGAAAACGCACCCUGAGAAGAAGCGCUCAACACAAUCAAACAAGUCGGCUUUGCAGACAUUUCUAUUGCAAAAAUUCGUUGACAUGGAAUGUUGAAACGUUAAUAAAAUGUUGGAAACAAACCGGAAGUCGUGUGACGGGGAAGUGCGGUCACCUGACAGCAUCCGCCUAAGGAUUUUCAUAAUAAAACUAAAACUUACCAGCGUGACGAGUUCGGUGCAUUAUUUAGAUCGGUCAGCAGGGGGUGGAAAUGAGAUGAAUACGUGAAAUAUUUGCAACUUUUUAUUGCCAAAAAUGUGUUUUCUUUUUCGGCAAAAUGUGUUAACAAGACAAUGGACUGCCUUUAUGAUGUGGC